GGCCAUCUGCCCAGAAGAAGGGACGCAUUGACGCGUCUGGCGGAGGAAAGGACCCGCUGCUCCCGGUCCGGCGGGGACGCCGCGUGGCCGCCAAAGCAACAGGGAGCAUGUGGCUGAGGCUGCUGGCGCUGGUCUUCCUCAGUUCCGUGGGUGACGCCCACGUCGCCAAAGCUUUCAAGAGCAGACGGCAGAGACGGGCGAGCGGCGAGGGCUCUUGGCCUUCUUGCCCCAAAGGCUGCGAGCGCUGCUCCGAGUACAACGGCUGCGUGCGAUGCCAGGCCAAGCUCUUCAUGUUCUUGGCCCGCAGCCACCUGAGCCAAGUGGGCGUGUGCUUGGCCUCCUGUCCCGCCGGAUACUUUGGCGUCAGGGUCCACGGAGGCAACAACAGAUGUUCCCAAUGCGACGUGGACUGCGACGUGUGCUUCGACCGCAGGUUUUGCAUCAAAUGCAAGGAGGGCUUGUAUUUGGCCAACGGAAAAUGUUACGCCACUUGCCCUCCGGGCCUGCACCCGGCCGACGACACCAUGGAGUGUGUGGAGUGCCGGCUGUCCGAGUGGAGCCAGUGGGGGGCGUGCGCGAAGACCGGCAAGCCGCGCGGCUCGAAAAAGGCCACUCGCUCUCGGGUGCGACGACCGCUGCGGCCGCGGGAGCCGCCCUCCCGGACGUGCGCGCCGCAGACCCAGAGGAGGAAAUGCGCCGCGCCAAAGACGCCCUGCAAGAGAGCUCAAGAGAAGAAGACCGAGGGAGGCCGGCCGCUGAGCGAAGCUGGAGGAGAAGGAGGGGGCGAUGGCGGUGGCGGUGGCGGGAGGAGGCGCAAAGGCCAAAGCAGGACCACCGUCGUUCCCAACGUGUCCACCAGCUCCGUCACUUAAAGGCGGAAGGAUUCCUCCCAGGAAAAACCCUCCUGAGAUGACGUGAAGCCAAGCUGCCAUCUUGUUGAGAAAAUGUCGCCGAGUGCCGCUUCUCCGGGCUGACGCUGCAGGUUUCCGCAAUCACCAUCACGGGAGACCGCACCUCGCUUUGACAUCGUCCGAGGUGUCGGACAGACAGACAGACGAGACCGAUUGUGACGGAAACAACGCCGGGCUGUCUUUUUGCGACUGGGCGCAAAGAGGCAGAGCGAGCCGCUUGUGAGAAUAAAGCGCAUCGGAAAAUGGAUGGAUGUACAGUAUAUGUAAGUAAACGACUGGCCACAAGAGGGUGCCAUACAAACAUUAUAUUCAAUCAGCAGACUCAGAAACAAGCCGUGACACAUUCGAGUCGACAUUGUUUUGAUGCAACUUGUACUUAAAAAUGCAUUAUGAGUCAUCAUAUCAGUGUAACGGGGGGGGGGGGGGGUAGACCUCUGCUGAUUAUUUUAAGGUUUCAAAGGAAAGAUAAAACAAAUAAAACA